AAAUAACCGAAUUUUCACAAAUCCUCACAUUGAUUUUUAUUUUUCUUUUCUUGUCUAGUACUACUCCUUUCCCUUUGCUUUUAGUAAAUUCUCUCUCCCUUUCGAAUCAUUUUCUAGAACAGGAAAUUAGGUUUGGUAAAAAGAUUGGAAGAUGUUAGAGCAGUUGUUAAUAUUUACUAGAGGAGGAUUGAUUUUAUGGACAUGUAAAGAGCUAGGAAAUGCGUUAAAAGGAUCGCCGAUCGAUACUUUGAUUCGAUCUUGUCUGUUGGAGGAACGAUCAGGUGCGGCGUCGUAUAAUUACGAUGCGCCUGGUGCUGCCUCCUACACGCUUAAAUGGACUUUCCAUAACGAGCUUGGUCUCGUUUUUGUCGCUGUGUAUCAGCGAAUUCUCCAUUUGUUGUAUGUGGAUGAGCUGUUGGAGAUGGUGAAGCGUGAGUUUUCGGAGAUUUAUGAUCCGAAGCGUGUGGAGUAUUUUGAUUUUGAUGAGACUUUUAGGCAGCUUAGGAAGGAGGCGGAGGCGAGGGCGGAGGAGUUGAGGAAAGUGAAGCCGAUGGGGAAUGAUGGGAGGAAGCAGCAGGUGGUGAAAAAGGGUAGUGGUGGGUUUGAUGGAGGGAAUAAAAAAAAUAAGAGUGAUGCGAAGGAGGCUGAUGGUGAUGAUGGGAAAGGUCGGAAGUUGGAGAAUGGACACUCCAAUGGCAAUCAUAAUGUUGUUGGUGAAGGAAAUAGAGGGAUGGGUCUCGCUAAUGGUAAAGAAAAUGCGAGAUCCAAUAAUGGGGCUUUUGAUGUCAGCAAACUUCAGAAGCUGAAAAGUAAAGGUGUGAAAAAAACUACUGAUACUAGUGUUGUUGUUAGCAAGGGUUCGAAAGCGGACCCGAAGAAAAAGGUAACAAAGAAGAAUAGAGUUUGGGAUGAUUCACCGAAAGAUGCGAAAUUGGAUUUUACCGAUCCUGUGGAGGAGAAUGGGAAUGAGAAUAUACAAGUUAUGGCAGCCGAUCAAGGCGAGAGCAUGAUGGACAAAGAAGAGAUAAUUAGCAGUGACAGCGAGGAGGAUGAAGAAGAUGAGGAAGUUGGUAAGGACAGCAAGCCUGAUGCUAAGAAGAAGGGAUGGUUUUCAUCUAUGUUCCAGAGUAUUGCUGGUAAGGCAAACUUGGAGAAGGCAGACCUAGAGCCAGCUUUGAAAGCUCUCAAGGAUAGGCUCAUGACCAAGAAUGUGGCUGAGGAGAUAGCCGAAAAGCUUUGUGAAUCAGUUGCGGCUAGUCUUGAAGGUAAAAAGCAGGCAUCUUUCACAAGGAUAUCUUCCACAGUGCAGGCUGCUAUGGAAGAAGCACUUGUCCGUAUUUUAACUCCUAGACGCUCUAUUGACAUAUUGAGGGAUGUACAUGCUGCAAGGGAACAGAGGAAACCAUAUGUUGUUGUUUUUGUUGGUGUCAAUGGGGUUGGAAAGUCCACAAAUCUGGCUAAGGUUGCAUACUGGCUUCUGCAACAUAAGGUCAGUGUUAUGAUGGCUGCUUGUGAUACAUUUAGGUCAGGAGCUGUUGAGCAGCUGAGGACUCAUGCACGUAGACUCCAGAUCCCUAUAUUUGAAAAGGGCUAUGAGAAAGAUCCAGCGGUUGUUGCAAAGGAAGCAAUUCAGGAGGCUACACGCAAUGGUUCUGAUGUUGUUCUUGUUGAUACUGCUGGCCGAAUGCAGGACAAUGAACCAUUAAUGAGAGCUCUCUCAAAGUUAAUUUACCUCAACAAUCCUGAUCUGGUCUUGUUUGUUGGAGAGGCCUUGGUAGGAAAUGAUGCUGUUGAUCAGCUAUCAAAGUUCAAUCAGAAAUUAGCGGACCUCUCAACUUCACCCAAUCCUAGAUUAAUUGAUGGGAUUUUGCUCACCAAGUUUGACACAAUCGAUGAUAAGGUCGGAGCUGCACUGUCGAUGGUUUACAUCUCUGGCUCACCGGUCAUGUUUGUAGGCUGUGGUCAAUCUUACACAGAUCUCAAGAAGUUGAAUGUGAAAGCUAUUAUCAAGACUCUCCUUAAAUGAGUGUCUUCCUCCUCCGAUGAAUGUUUGUUGAUCAAAUGCUGUUCUCUUUGUUUGUCUGCUCUGAAUCCUACGGCGAACGAAUAACUCCCUGCCAAACUAGUAUAUUUGUCAAACUCAGUGUGUUGGAGGUGAAUCAGUCCCCCUUGAGGCUGUAUGUUAUGAUAAUUAUUGUUUUAUUGUUCCUUCGCU